ACUGAGUGAAUGGUGAGUAGGCUGCAACAAAUUCGUUUAGCUAUGUAAAGAAAUACAUGGACACGUGAUAUUAAAAUCUACGCGAUCUUAAAGACGUCUACAAAUUUUGGUUGUACUAGCCAGCUGUACCGGUGAUUGUUUGAAGAAAAUGGCUCAAAUGGGGAAUUUUCCGAGGCGGAGGGAAGGACCUCUUCCACCUCGACCACCACCUGCCUGGGACGAGCACCAGGCCUAUGAGGAGCUGCUGUACUGGGAUAAUCUCAUGCAGGAGGGUUACCGCCUCCACCCGCAGGACUACGACCGGUAUGAAGAGUUGCGUUAUUGGUAUGACUGCUUGUGUUAUGAAGAAGACCUCAGGCAGUACAACCAAUAUGUUGUUGAGUACAGGAAGUGGGAAGAGGAGAAUCUGCACCCAGAGGACCUUCCGCCAAUGAGGCCACCGCCUCAGCGAACGUUUGUGAAUGAGGAUCGCUAUAUAAAGGCCAAGCACACAACUGUGUACCCAUCAGCAGAGCAGCUGGAUUCAGUGCAGAGCAUGGUGUCUAAUGUGGAGUGUGCCGUGAAGUCUGUCUCUGAUUGGUUAAAUGAGAAAGAGAGUAGUGCCGCCGAUGCUGGAAGUGCUUCACCUCAAAGUAAAUUGCGUGGUGUUUUGAGAGUGGGCCUGGUGGCUAAAGGACUCCUGCUGAAAGAUGACUUGGAGUUAGAGUUGGUGUUGCUCUCCAGGGAUGUGCCUACCAGUUCCCUGCUCAGGCUGAUCUCUGGAAAACUCUCGGAAUUCAUAAAGGAUGUUACUGAGGAGAAAUACGUCAUCACUCCAUCUAUCCAAGAUGCUGCUAUUAUUGUUACUAGCCCGACGGAGCCCAGUCUGAAACUGAGCAUCCAUCUGACCUCACCCGUGAUCAGGGAGCAGGUUGAAAAAGAGGCAUCUGGAGAACCGUGCGCGGAAAGCUCUCCGCAGGACGCUCUGGACAGGCAGAAAUGCCUGGCUUCUCUGGCGUCUCUCCGCCAGGCCAAGUGGUUCCAGGCUAAAGUGUCCGGGCUUGAAUCGUGUGUCGUCGUGAUUCGGAUCUUGCGGGACUUGUGUACCCGUGUUUCAACGUGGGCCCCACUCAAAGGAUGGAUUCUUGAGCUGCUCUGUCAGAAGGCUAUUUCAACCAGCGAGAGGCUGCUGGGACCUGGAGAGGCGUUCCGGAGAGUUCUGGAGUGUCUUGCGUCAGGGAUACUAAUGGAGGAUGGUCCAGGCGUUUCUGAUCCCUGUGAGCGAGACAGCGCUGAUGCUGGCACCCAUCUUACACUGCAACAGAGAGAAGACAUUACCCAGAGUGCACAGUUUGCCUUAAGACUGUCAGCUUUUGGGCAGCUUUACAAAGUUCUUGGAAUGGACCGCCUCAAUUCCAAAGCUUCUAGAAUGCUCAGCGAACAAAACAGAGUAGCUGAUAUUCCUGUAAAGAGGCCAAGGGAAGUUUAUGAUGCAGGUGAUUUGGAAAUGAAGCCAAAGUUUCCGAGAAAAGCAGAAAGACGCGAACCAGCAAAUGCCCUGAUGAAGCUGAACCAGCUACGGCCUGGAACCCUCUACAGAUUGGCAUCACAGACUGGGCCUGAACAUGAACCUCAGUUCACAAUGGCUGUAGAGGUGGAUGGGGUAACUUAUGAGGCUACAGGCCCCUCCAAACGCAGCGCCAAGCUUCAUGUUGCCCAGAAAGUUCUGCAAGCAUUAGGUGUGCCCUUGCCAUCAGAGACCAAGCCUGCAGAUGAAAAUAAGAGCCAGUCUGUUGCCGCACCUGCGGUCACCGGGUCCGAUGAAACCACUCCUACGGGGUCUGAUGACGGAAAUGAGGGUGGCCCCAUCCUCACCAAACAUGGCAAGAAUCCCGUCAUGGAGCUCAACGAGAAGCGGAGAAGUCUGAAAUAUGAACUAACCUCUGUCAAGGGACGCUUCAAUGACAAGACCUUCACCAUUGAGGUGGAGGUUGAUGGGCAGAAAUUCCAGGGCUCUGGAUCAAAUAAGAAAUUAGCCAAAGCCAACGCAGCACUUGCAGCAUUAGAACAGCUUUUUCCAGAAGGUUCUCCUGCAGACCCACUCAAGAAAAAGAGAUUCCCUCCUAUGGGCUAUGGUAUGGCUGGAGUAUCUUACAAUGCAGGCAAUCGAGGUAGAGGAAGAGGCAGAGGUAGAGGCAGAGGAUUUAACACUGGCAAGUUUGCAGGCUCCACCAUUACUGCUGGAUUAACCCCAGCCCAGUCUGUUACCAACUCCAGCACACUUAUGAAUCCACAGGAAGACCCGUCUGCAACCUCCACCGUCAGCACGGCCACCUACCAGGCUGUCCCACCACCAGUGACUGGCUAUUAUAAUCAGUACACCCAAUCCUAUUCACAAUUCAAAAAGCCUGUCAAUCAGGGCCAGAAUCAGACUCAAACUCAAACCCAGAGCAAAACAACAAAUCAACAAGCUCCUCUUGUUGGACCAGACUACGGCUACGGAUAUCAAGGGCCUGGCAUGGGAAUGGGAGGACCACCCGAUUUCAAUUAUGCAGCAUACAGUGGACCACCUGGUACAGCAACGUUCGGGCCACCCGGAACAACAAAUCAGAGCUAUAGCUUCACCCAGAGCGCCUACCCCAACCUGGGCGGCUACACAAGUGGUGCCAAUAGCACAGACUUCACAUACAGAUAAACACAACGUUUCUCCCUGCUCAGAAAUGUACAGACGCUCAUUCAAACUAUUGAGAAGUCAUUUCUGAAAUUCUAUAGCCUACAGUGUCCUCUGAGUUGAAACAUUUGCUCUAAACCUUUUGAGAUUUUAUACUGUUUUGUGUUAAUUUUGCCAUUUGAACUGCACCUCAGUAACAGAAUUAGCAUGGUUUUGAUUCACCACUAGUUUCAGGAAAUAAUACAUCAGGAUGGAAGUUGCUUUCUGUCUGUGCCUAAAUGGUUGGUGUGACUCAAAUGGAAAUUGUCUCACAUAAUUCUGUUUUUCCCCAAAGGUAUAUUUAUGAUCAUCCUCUUGUUUUGCUUCUAAAUUUUUAGCAGUUUUUUUGGACAGAAUGUGGACAAUGAACGCAGACUUUGAUGUUUACUUCUCUGAAACCACUUCAGCUGUUUCUUUGGAUUUUUAAGAGAUUUGAGUUACUCAGUUUAAUCUUGGUAUCGUCUUUUAUGUAGAAUGUAGCUAUUUGCUGUUAAAUAGGCCAGUGCAGGAGGUUUUGUGUUCUCUGAGGUGGAUGUUAAAUGUCAUAUCUUUGACCUGUGCAAAAAUAAACAUUUUUUUCUAUUUUUAA